UCCCACUUCCCUCAGCAGACAUCGUCCAGCAGCAGAGGCGAACACAUCUCACUCUCACUCUCUCUCUUACUCACUCACACACUCAUAACUCUUCCUGCAGCUGCAACAACACAACAACACAGACACACAACACAGACACAAAGAGAGAGGCGACGACAUCGACAAGAUCCCAACAGGAGACGCUUUGUUUUUUUUGAACACCAUCUACUACAAACCUGCAUCUCUUCCCGGGAUUCUAACUGCUGCUACCGAGCGACGGACACGUUUACCCGGCUUCACUUAAAAACAACAAGAAGAACAACAAAAAGCUCCAGUCGUGCCACGAUGUCCGAGGUGCUGCCAUACAACGAGGGCAAAAUGAGCGGCUACGGCGCGGACAGCGAGGUCAGCCAGAUGUCCUUUAGCUGUGGACUGCAGGACACGAGCGCCUUCUUCGCUGCGUCGCAGGCGAAAAGACCCCCGAAGCUGGGACAGAUCGGCCGAGCUAAGCGAGUGGUCAUCGAGGACGACCGAAUAGACGAGGUCCUGAAGGGGAUGACGGACAAGUCUUCACCUGGCGUUUAAGCGUGAACAAUGCCUGCGCUGACUUUUUUAAUUUCAGUCACCGAUUUGAAGCACUUGUCGGCUGUGCAUGUUCGAGGAAUUUGCAGGAAAAAGACGACGGCACGAAGCGAGGACGGGAUGAUGAAAUGAGAAUGGUGUUACAGGACGGGGAAAAAAGGGGAGAGAGAUAGAAUAAAGAGGGGGAAGAUAAAUAAGAGAAGAAAUAUAUAUAUAUGUAUAUAUAUAGAGAGAGUGAGCGAGAAAGAGAGGGAGGAAGAAUGAAGGAAAAAAGGGAAGAUUCUGGAAAAAGACCAAGAUUUGUCAUGGGAUUGCUGGCAAUUCUUCAAACGAAUCCCGAUUUGAACUCCACUGCUGCGCAGCAGGACGUUGAGAUGGCGGACGCUUUGCUCUGUCUCUCAACCCCUGCUGAUUUUAAUGAUGGAUGAACUUGUCAUUACUUCACGACCAUCUCUUCUCUUUUCCUUUCCAAAACUGCGCUGUAAGAAACAAAAAUACUGCAACGGGAGGCUGACGCGAAAUCCCAGCCCUGUUACAAUAACAUGUACAGUAUAUAGGCUAAAGCUCCUCAGACUCCCUCACCCUUUCCUCUCUACCCCCCCCCCCCC